GCUUAGUUUGAAUAAAAAAUAGUAGUAGUAGAAUAUAUUGGUACCAUCCAUUUAGCAGCAGGAUAUAAGUGUGGAAGUAAAAAAAUUAGAAAGCAGGUCUCAAACCCUUUGUACACACGUACUAGUAUAUAAUUAGGCAAUUUCAGCACACACCCCAGCCACCCACCCACCCACUAUUAUUUCCUCUUGUUUAAUUUGCUCUCAUUCAGUGUGACUGCGUGUUGUGUGUGUGAGAGAGAGAGAAAGAGAUGAUGAGAGAGAGAGAAGAGGAGGAAGAAGAAGAAGAAGAAGAAGAGGAGGUGGUGGCGAAGCCUGCAUGGCUGCAAGGUUUAAUGGCGGAGUCAUUCUUCGCUGCUUGUGGGGUCCACGAGAAUUGCAGGAAGAACGAAAAGAACAUUUUCUGCUUGAAUUGUUGCCAGAGUUUUUGCCCUCACUGCCUUCUCUCUCAUCACCCCUCCCACCCUCUACUCCAGGUAAGGAGAUAUGUUUACCAAGAUGUGAUUAGAUUGGACGACCUCGAAAAGCUCAUCGACUGUUCUUACAUUCAGCCGUACACGAUAAAUAGUGCGAAAGUGAUAUUCUUGAAUGAGAGGGCGCAAUCCAGAUCUUGCAAGGGCUCUGCUGCCAAUUCUUGUUUCACCUGCGACAGAAUUCUUCAGGACCCAUUCCAUUUCUGUUCUCUCUCUUGCAAGGUGGAUUACAUGGUUUACCAAGGGCAGGAUCUUUCAGGAAUCUUGUUCAAAUUCGAGCACUCCGAUUUCGCCAUCUCUCAAUUUGAAGACUUGAGGGUUGACGUGGGCGGCUGCUCCGAUCGCUCCAACAAAAACGGAGGAUUUCUGAUGCUAUCUUUCGGCAGCAGAAGAAAAGGGGCGCCCCAGAGGUCUCCUCUUUCUUGAUUACACUACAAAAUAUAUACUACUUAAUUAUGAUGCAUCAUAAAUAAAGUUUAGCGCUUUGCGCUUGUAUUAAUGCCACCUAAUUACUCAAAAAUAUAUAUAUAUAUAUAUUUCAUUAA